AUGCCUAUCCUGAUUAUAUCGCCAAAUGCCUUUUUCCAUGUCAUCAACACUGCAAACUCCCAGCAGGGAGACAACCUUCUCAGAGAGGGGAAAUGUGGGAAGCAGAGGGCAGAAGAGAAGAAAAUGUCACCCUCUUUCUAUCGCAACUUCUUCUUGCUAGCCAGUCUAUGCUGUGUGCUCCUUGGCUCCCAGACUAAUGGUUACCAAGACCCAGAUGUCUCAUACCUUGACAAGAAUAACCAGGAGCUCACCCAAUGCCAGAAAAUUACCCCCACCAUCACCAACAUCUCCUUGUUCUUGCUCCAAAAGGCAACUCAUUGGCCCAAACUUACCAACGUUGUGUUCUCCCCAGUGAACAUCAUGGCUGCCUUCGAAAUGCUCUCCCUGGGAGCUAAGGGCAGCACUCACCAUCAAAUCCUGAAGGGACUGAGGCUCAGUCUCAUAAACAUGACUGAAAAGGAGGUACACAAGUGCUUCCAGUAUUUCCUCCAUAUACUCUUCCAGCCAAAUCAGCAGGUUCAGCUGACCAUGGGCAGCAGCCUGUUCAUCGCUCGCCAUCUGAGGAUAGUAGACAAGUUCAAAAAAUUAGUUACGGAGUCAUACCACUCGGAAGUCAUUCCCAUAGACUUCAGGAACACUCAAGAAGCCAUGGAACAGGUCAACAGACAUGUGGAGGAGCAAACCUAUGGUCAUAUAGUACAGGUGGUCAAGGAAUUGCCGGUAGACACAGUUCUGGCCUUGGUGAACUACAUCUACUUUGAAGGGUUCCAGAACAGUAACAUUCAAGCUGAGUAUGUAAUGGAAGAAAAGUUCCACCUGGAUACAGGCAUGGUGCGUUUUGUGACCAUGGUUCACCGCUUGGGUGAAUUUUACCUGCACAAGGAUAGCAGUCUGUCCAGCUGGGUGCUGUUACAGCACUAUGCAGGGAAUGCCAUGGCCUUCUUCAUCCUUCCAGACCUUGGGAAAAUGCAGCAGCUGAUACAAAACCUGAGCCAUGAAUACCUCAAUAGCAUCGAGAGGCACAUUAACCCAAGAUUUGUCAGCUUAUAUUUCCCCAAAUUAACCAUCUCUGCCACCUAUGACCUGAUGACCAUCAUGAGGAUGCUGGGCAUCACCCAGGUCUUCAGCCACGGGGCUGACCUGUCAAAAGUCACAACGGAUGCUCCUGUGAAACUGUCCAAGGCUGUACAUAAAGCUGUGCUGGAAAUUGAAACUAGAAAGAUUGAUGACCAAGGAGGAAUUCCAGAAAUGUACGACUCUUUGUGGCCUGAAGUCCUCACUGUGGUGUUCAACAGGUCCUUCCUACUUGUCAUCAAAGAUGAAACCCUCAGCCUCCCUUUGUUCAUGGGCAUAGUCGGGUAUCCCACAUCCUAA